UGACGUAACGAGCUGGGUCACUGGGGCGCCCGGUCACGUGAUUUUUGGUGUGGCUAAACAACGCAAGGAAACCAUCGAAACAGCUUGUUGCUUGACACUUCUGGUGGAAAAGGUAUAUUUUUAUCAUCGGGUUGUCGUGCGGGCGUGGUGUCGCUGUGGCUAAAGGCAAAUGUAAGUAACUGUGGCCAUUUUGACGUCCUGCGGAUGGACCUCGUUGUAUCCAACGUGACUCCGCUGCUGCUAGCCGCCCAAACAGUUAGCGUUGACGCAGACUAGAUUCUGCACAACCAGCCUACAUACGAUUAGAUUUAGCGAAACUUUUAUUUCAAGAAUUGCCUAAGUAUUUUAAAAAGAUUGAAAAUAAUGGAUAAAACUAUGUGAAGAUACCCAUUUUGAUACCCGACACUGCUUAUUUAGUGAAAACAACGUGAGAGAGAAAGUCAUAAAGAAAGGGAAAACAUUUAUCUGUGUGUAAAACUUAUUAAAACCUAAAUGUUAUCAAUUUUAGUAAGCCUAAUUCAUCACAUACUUUUGCAUCUGAAAAGUACUCAUUUAACUGGCUUCAGUAAUUUAGUUUACUCAAAGGAAUCAGCUUGAAUUGUAAGAGACAUACUGCUGAAUAUUAUUAUAAAAUCCAAUUUAUAUGUUGAUGUUUUUCAGAGUUUGUUCAUAUCCAGUGUCCACAUCACCAGCCUCAUGGACAGCGGAGUGACAGUGGUUACCUGUCCCUAUGUGGAUGUGCGCUUGACCAGCACCAUCUCCUCCUUCGAAGUGAAACGCAGAUUCAACAGAGGGAUUACUAUAGCAGAACUAAAGGUGAGAGUCAUACCGUACAACACAACAAACAGUUUGAUCCUCAAAAGAGGCAUAUUUCUUUUAGAAAUAUCCAAAACUAUCAUCCACUCCACACUCAACCUCUUUUAGUUUUCAGACUUAAAUGAUGCUAAUGAGAAGUAUAUUCCAUUAUGUUUACUUUUUGUUUGAAUUGUAUAUCAAGGGGAAGCUAGAGAUGAUCGUGGGUUCAGCCUCCUCCAACAUGGAACUGGAGUUGUUCAGCGUCUCUGACAAGUUCCUGCUGAAGAUGGAUGAUAAUGAAGCUUUGCUUGGUUCUUAUCCUGUUGAUGAUGAAUGCAGAAUACAUGUAAGUAUCUGUUUGGCCCUGACCAGUGUCCUGUAAUAAAAAAUAACAUAAACUGCAAAUUGGACAAAUUGUUCCAUUUUAGUUUUAGGCUCAAAAUCCAGUUCCCCUUUCUUUCCUGCAAUACAAAUACAUUUUAAAACCAAUUUGUGAAAAGUACAAGUCAGAACAACAACAUGGCUUUUUAAAGCUGUUUUGUAAAUCCUGUGUCUUGCCUCAUGAUUGUGUCUGGUGGUUUAAUGACUCCUCUCGGACAUGUUGGCAUUAACAGACACAUUUGGGUCUACCAACAAGGUAGAGUUUUUAAACCAAAAUAACUUACAAUUUAAUUAAAUUUCUACUAUUCUGCAGACAAAGAAAAUGUUAAUACUCUUGGUCAUAAUGUCACCCUGUUCAACUACUAUUGAGCUCCUAACACUGUCCAUGUCUCAUCCUACUUCACAGGUUUCUGACAGAAGUGGAGGCCAAGCGGACAACUUCACUGAUGUAUCAAAAGUGGAGAAGUUUGAAAUUUCAGAUCAAGCGUAUAGUAAGAGAACAGGUAUGGUCUAACAAACUGUCCAUGUUUGGAAUUCUUAACUUGAUGCUUUUGUUCCAGAAGAGAUUACAUGUAUUUUACUAAACCAGUUAACACGUUCUGUUAAAGCAGCAUACUAUUAAUUUACUUCAACAUUUAAGUUUAUAGCUCUUGCAGAUAUGCAAGAUAGCAGGUAAAGUCUAUUUUCGUCCAUUUGCCUAAAUGAAUCUGCAAUAUAGGGCAUUUCUACCCUGCAGCACAAAACACUGGGAGGAGAAAAUGCAAACAAUUAAGUUUAAGCUUUGUAAUUUACAAAGCCUGGAUAUUACUUUGGUCAUUGUGUCUGUGUCUGUAUAUAAUACUCAUGAAAAAAAGGUGCUAACCCAGGUGCCCAGUGCACACAGAUGGCUGUUGUUUUUUGGAUGAAGUGUUGACCGGUUGCAAACACACAUCAGUCUGAUUUAAAGUCACUUCUUAUAAGCUGUUGUGGGGUAUUAUUUAAAAUUUCCAUUCAGCUAUCUUUGACAAAAUAAUCACUAUGAUUGAACAGGAAUUUAUUGUGGUCUCUAUUUGUAUCUUUCAGAUUCUGCAAGGUCAUUCAUGAAGAACAUGCGGGUCGGUCAGUAUAAUGAGGAGGAAGUGGCCAAGAAGAAAGCUGAGCUUGCUGCACGUAGAGAGGAAGAGAAGGCCGCCGCUGAUGCCAUUUCUGUUGGCAACCGUUGCCAAGUUCAAGUCCCUGGACAGCCCACAAAGCUUGGCACAGUUAUGUAUGUUGGUAAGUGUGGAUAAAACCAGAGAUGUACCAUCAAUCAGUCAGGUUGAUUAAUAAGGCAGACUAAUGGGGUUUUAAAAUGGUCAACAUCCGCCUAUGCCCACACAGGAGGCAGAAUUAAAAGAAACAAAUAAGCCAUGUCUGCAGACACUGCAGGCUGCCUUUUCAGUUAUGAUGUGUUAAAUAAUAGAGUUCAUUACUGCUUUUCACAUAACCAUCAGUCAUGUUUAGAAGUUUACACCAUUACCUAUUGUACUUUUCUAUAUCAUAAGUUCAAUAAAUUUCAUCUAAAAAUCAAUGCUGGCAAAUUUACGGUCAUGACAAAAACAAAAAACUGUGAUGGUUGAUGAAGGGAAUAGUGUUUCUUUAUAUUUUUUCCAGGUACAACGGACUUCAAGCAAGGCCACUGGGUUGGUGUGAAGUAUGAUGAGCCCCUGGGGAAGCAUGAUGGAACGUAAGAGCUGUUUAAAAAUAUAUAUUUUUUAAAAUUUGCAUUUUAGCUUUGCACAAUGUUGAUCCUGGUUUGCAUUUAACCUUGUCAUUUUCAUAUAUUGUGUUUCCACAGUGUUGACGGCAAGCAGUAUUUUGAAUGUGAGGACAAAUAUGGUGGAUUUGUAAAGCCCCAGAAUGUGAUUGUGGGGGACUUUCCUGAGGAGGAUUAUGGUUUAGAUGAGAUGUAGGACUGGGUUGUAACAAAGGUUUUUGUUUGCUUUAGUUUUUUUCUGUUCUCUACUGGAGACACAAUCCAAAGAGCAGUAUCUAGAGGUCUUUUAGGUUCAUACCUUCACUGAUGCCGACUACGCUUGAUGCGUCAGGUCCCUUGGUGUGCCCCAUGUCAUGAUCACACAAGAGGAGCUCAAACCACCCAAGUUUGAAAGAUGGUUUUGUUGCAUGUCAAGCAGCAUAUUGAAGGUUGUUAUUUAGUCCUUCUCUCUGAGGAAUCCCUAUUAAACCUAAUCUAGUAGCUUUUGCAGUGCUUGUUCUCUUAAGUUCUUCCAAGAUGGAGUCUUCUCUGUAAUGGAUAGUUUUUUGAUAGUUUGGACAAAAACAAACUAAACUCUGCUCAUUUGAUAAUUCCAAUCUGUACAAAGAUGAUUGUGUAAAAUUGUUUAUAGUUCACUGUAGCAGUAGAGUUUUUGAAGAAUGUAAAUUUCUGAGAGAGUUUCACAGAUUGAAUUUCUGUAAAAUGAAAAGGCAUUGAGUUCCUGACUAACACAAGAUCUUUCUUAAACUGGAAAUAUUUUCCAAUUGUUUAUCAAAAUUAACAUGAACUCAAUUCAGUAAGUUCCACACAAGUUUGACGUAAUAAUAAUUCACAGUUAAGGGGGAAAGAAAAUAAAUCUGAAUACAUCAUCUUCCCCUUUACAGCUGUUUGACCAAUUAUUCUGCCAGUUUUAUUUCUUAUUACCUUUUUGGUUUGCUUGAUUUCAUUGCUGUCCACAUCAGUGUACAAUGCCUCGGAUAGAAAUGUGAAAGGUAUCUGUUUUUCCAUAAACACUUUUGGAUGUUUAAAUUUCAUUUUGCAUUCACAUUUAUGUAUGGUGUUAAGCAGUCUUACUUUUAGGUUAUCAAGUAGAUAUGUUAUAUUUUUUUCCCCAUUUAUGCAUUUCAUAAAUAUGUCCUGUUUAUAUUGAAUCACUGUCAUAAUAUUUUUUUAAGUUUGAAAUUUGAAAUAGGGCUCAAUAUUUUGACUUUGUGAAAUGUGAUUCAUUAAAACAACAGAUGUGUAAUAGUACUAUCAAACUGUUCCUCUGAAUACCAGUGGAGGACUGCAACCCAAAAUAAACCCAUUAUUAAUGAAACAAGUUAGUAUAAAAGUGUUUGAAACCGGAGCAUUCAUGCUGUUUCCUCUGUAUACAUGUUUUAUUUCUCCAUCUCUGUAUAAACAGGACACUAAAUAUUACUCAGCUGAAAUACUGUCUCUGUUAGUUCUUUGCCCAAUCUAUAAAUGACAGACAUUUGUUCGACAGUGUUAUUUCUAUAUUUGUUUUUUGACAGGCUCUGUAACACUGACUUAAUGUGUCCACUGAACAUCUAUUUAAAUAUAGUACAGUUUGUCAUUCAUCUUCAAUCUCCUGAUCAUAUCACUGCACAGCUACAGCAUCACUCUCCAGGAAAUCAACUCUCAUUCCCCUGCUUUGAAUGCUAUGCCUUAUUUAUGCUUUGUCAAAAUUAAUAAUUCAAAACUGUUUUGACUUUGUGAAGUUUACAGAAGAAAUAUAAAUUAAUUAUUUUUGUGGUUUCUUUUCAAUGAUUUACCACUACCACACAGACAAAGUGUUGUGUUCCCUCCUUCCCCUUUUUAAAAAACAACGAAAAAAAAAAACACUGUAAACCUCUAUGGUGCUGUUGUUACUAUGUGCCAAAGUGUCAUGCAUAAUAUUAAAAACAAUUUGCUUGUACAGUAAAACGAGGUUGGUUCACU